AUGGCCCCUUUACAAACAUCUCUUAUAUGGGCGGUAUAUGCGAUUGUGGUAGCUGUGCUGGUAACUAUAGCCUCAGUCUUUAUCUAUACCUAUCAGACGCCUCGAGAUCGCUCGUCAGCCGUGACCUUUACCUGUAUCAUUGCGAUCACAAGCCUGCUUGCCACUGUUCUUUUGCUGCCCGUGGAUGUUGCUCUAAUCUCCUCUACAACAUUCCCCGCGCUUGGCCAGAGGAAAGCCUGGGCCACCCAGGAGGAAGUAGAUAAGAUUGUUUCCUUAUUGACCGUUGUGUACUAUCUCCUAUAUUCCCUUGACGCCUUUCUGUGCCUUCUAGCAAUUCCCUUUGUGUACUUUUGGUACGAAGAGUAUGAUGAGGCGGCCAUAGAAGCGGGCGAGCAAUCUGCUCCGAAACGACUCUGGGCCGCGUUCAAGUACACCCUCUCGUUUAUCGCGAUAGUGAUUGUGCUUUUCAUCGUUGGCUUUCUUGUUCCCGUUCCAACUGCUAAGGACAGCAAGGAUCCAGGCUAUCUCAGGAAGCUGUUGGCUGAGAAUCGUGGCGAGAGGGUUCUCACAUUUACCCUUGGAUUACUGAUAACAUUGGGCCUGUUUCUUUAUGUUCUAUAUACCUCCACUGGUCUUGCCCUUCUCCCCAUGAGGAUGAUACGGGUAGCUCCGUCUAUCUCGGAUUGGAAAGCGACGACAGCUGCACAACUCGAAUCCAACCAAGAGCGUCAGCGCCAGUUGGAAGGUCGCUGUCGAGGUGACCCCGGUCUCCUCUCCUCAAAUGAGCGUAGAGAGCUAGAUACUCUCAUUCGGGAUGAAAGGACACUUAUUCGACGGCAGCGCUUGGCACAAGAAACUCACGGUGAAGUUAAAAGCCGCUUGAUGAGGACCUGGCUGGUAGUCACGGCUUUCUUUCGUCCAUUCAAGCUUCUCGGUGGUAUCGCCCUUUUACUGAUUGCGCUCAUGAUAUGGAUAUCAAUGCUCCUGACAGCAAUCGACAAAGCCAAUAAUUCGCUUUGCAAACAACGUUGCGGAUACGUUCUCGGCCAUAUAAGUGGUUUCAACCCUCUCAACUGGGCCUUUGUUCAAUCCGCUAAAGUAUUUCCGGUUGACUACGUCAUCUUCGCGAUAUUAGUCUUACUUCUGUUUGGCAGUUCAGUUGUCGGAAUAAGUACCAUCGGAAUUCGCUUCCUCUGGGUUAGAAUAUUUCGAAUCAGACAGGGGCAUACGUCCCCACAAGCACUCUUGUUGACAACUGCCAUGUUGAUUUUAGCUAUACUAGCCUUGGAUUAUUCGAUUCCGAUGUUUAUAGCACCGCAAUACGCAACUUUUGGGCCACAGACAUUCUGCGAUCGCUCCCCUAGUCCGCUCGGAAAGCAGCUAGAUUGUUUGAAUAACAGGCAUCUUGUCAAGCCAUGCUCGGACUCAACUAAUAAUGUGGCUGCCAAGCAAGUCUGCACAUCCAGCGUCACCAGCAGGUUCCUCAACCGCGUGACAAUUAGCUAUCCGUUCUUCGGUAUGGUAUUCUUCUGGUCCCAGUUUGUCUUCCUUGUCAUCUACUUGCUUAUCUUUAUUACCUCUCUCGUCCGCCAUCCGAAACUCGAUCAACGUCUGCUUGACCAGGAGGCCGAGGAGGCUGAGGAGGAAAGGCUCUUGGCAAAUUCUGGGAGAUACGUCGAUGCCAACUGACACA